AGUCUUUAGAAGGUGUCUAUAGUUUACUUUUUACUAAGAUAUAACACUAUGAACAUUAUCAAAUUGUUUAUUACAUAAACAAAGUGAUUGAUUGAAUAUUGUUGUAAUUUAAACCAUGUAUACAGUAUAAAUAUUUAUAUAUUUAAUCAUCAACUUCCGGGUAUAAUUAUAUCAAACAACUAUGUAUAGAUCCAUUCAAAUAUUGUCGCCAUGAUCCAGUUGAUGACAAGAAGGGGGAAAAAACCCCCCAGAUAAACAAACAAACAAACAAACAACAGUUUGUAUUGAGCUAUUUAAUUAGUGACAUUUGUCUCAUUCAUUUAUGUAUAUAAACAAUCAUUUAGAUCAUUAUUGAAUGUUGUUAAUUGGAAAGGAUAAAUUCUCUAAAAUAAAUCAGUGAUAAAUAAUGAGAACAGUUAUAUGGUUAUCAUUUGUAGUGUUAACAUUGUAUUGUGUAGCCAACAUAGAAGCUGAUCGAAGAAAAGUUAUCUUCCGAGGUUCUCAGUCGUAUGCUGGUUACAAAGGAGGUCAAAAUAAUCAAAGAAUACCAUCAACUUCUCGCCGUGUCGAUAUAAGCAAAGUCCAAUUGUAUGGUGCACGAAAAAAUGAUCCAACUUAUCGUCAAGGAUUAGAAGAACUAUCUGGGUUAAUGUAAAAUGAAAACUUCAAGACAAAAGAAAAUUAUUCAUUAAACAUACUUUAUAACAUUUCAAGUUUACAACUCUUAACAUAUUUUCUUAGUUAAUACAGUAAUUAUAUAUAUGCAUGGUAUUGAAAGUUUCCUUAGAAGAUUCCCUUCAUAUUAAAACCAUUACCUUCCAA